GGGUCAGUUCAGCUGCCCGGCCUCCUGCAGCCUCGGGGGCCCUGUGCCUGCGGCUGUGGCUGCGGCAGACUGCACACCGAAGGGGACAAAGCUUUUGUUGACUUCCUCAGUGAUGAGAUUAAGGAGGAAAAGAAGAUUCAGAAGUAUAAGUCUCUCCCCAAGAUGUCUGGAGGUUGGGAUCUGGAGGUGAAUGGGACAGAAGCCAAAUUAGUGCGGAAAAUUGCUGGAGAAAAGAUCACUGUCACUUUCAACAUUAACAACAGCAUCCCACCCCCAUAUGAUGGAGAGGAAGAGCCCUCCCAAGGGCAGAAGGUUGAAGAACAGGAGCCUGAAUUGACGUCCACUCCCAAUUUCGUGGUUGAAGUGAUAAAGGAUGGCAGCAAGAAGGCCCUGGUGCUGGACUGUCACUACCCAGAGGACGAGGUUGGGCAAGAAGAGGAGGACCAGAGUGACAUUUUCUCCAUCAAGGAAGUGAGCUUUCAGCCCACUGAAGAGUCUGACUGGAAGGACACAAAUUACACACUCAACACAGAUUCCCUGGAUUGGGCUUUAUAUGACCACCUAAUGGAUUUCCUUGCGGACCGAGGCGUGGACAACACUUUCGCCGAUGAGUUGGUGGAGCUCAGCACAGCCCUGGAGCACCGGGAGUACAUCACUUUCCUCGAGGACCUCAAAGGUUUUGUCAAAAGCCAGUAGAGGUGACAAGGUGCCGAACACCGUAAUUUGAUGGCAGGCUUCGGCCAGUGAACAGCAAAACCUACUCCGGAGCCAGACCCACAUGCUUUGAAAUGGUUUUCAUCCCAGUAUCAUGGAAAAUAAUUCAAUUUUAACUUAUUUUUCCUGCCUCUUAUUGACCUCUCAUUUAUUUCUUCUACAGACCUGUUUCUAGAUUUUUGUAUAACAUAAUGAUGGACAGUAAAAUUGGUUUAUCUCCUCUAA